UUCCCAUGAAUAAGUUUUCAUCUAUGACCAUUUUACCCCUCAUCAGAAUCUCUAGUCAAUUCAUACGUCUUCCCCCUUAUCCUCACACUCCAGUUAUCGAAGUUCUCCAACUUUUUUUAUGACCACUUCUUCCUUUGCAACUGUUGCCGAUAUUCCUUGACCUGAUCCCGGUCCACAAAACCCUAGAUAUAUCCAGAACCCUAAUUUCCUGUGCGACUGCAACUCAGCUUGUAAAUAUCUGAUCCAUCAAACCCUAGAUUUCAUCUGCUGCAUCAGUCUCUGCAAGUUAUACUGUGGAUUCUUUUGCGAGAGUGAAGUUCAGAAUUUGAUAAUCUUAUUUCUCCUUUCCAGCUACUUCUCCAUUGAACUGAAAAGAGUCGCCAUAAAAGACAUUUGUUAAGUUCACUAUGUCCUCUCCUCUUUGACAUCAUCAAAAUUCCUAAUUUGAAAGACUCUGGCUUUCAGUCUUCUGAUUCCAUGGAGUCUUUCAACUACUGCUUCUGAAACAUUGGUUCGACAAUGUCAAUGGAAAGAUCUUUCGAGGCAUGGGAAGAGGUUCAGAGACAAGGGCAAGACAUAGCAGAUCGCUUCAAUUCUCUUGCGCAAGGGUUUACUGGUCUAAUCCAUACUCAUAUGAGCUCACCCCCAUUCUCAUGGCCAAACCACAUCAGCAAACCUCUGGAUCUCGAGCACUCUCAUGAAUUUGCAGUAACCAGUGGGGUUCCUGCUAUCUUCGACAUAGGGGGAAGACUGGGGCGUGCUGGAGCUGAGUUUGGGGCCUACAUGAAUGGAGUUGUUCAACAAUUUUUCAGGAGGCUUCCUCUCCCUUUCAAGCCAGAGGAGAACCCGGUCAUGAAUGGUAGUGAUGGGAAGAGUAAGAAGCGGUUAGUUUUUGAAGGGGAUGAGAGAGAGAGCUUAGGAUCUUCUUGGAGGGGUUUGAGUGGUGGGAGGCCUACGUAUUCAGUGGGUUCUUCAAAUGAUGGAGAUGAGUUUGAAGAAGAGGAUGGGUCUGGGUUUCAAUCGAGGUUGUCUGGUGUUUGCAAUAGGCAUCAGGGAAGCAUAAACAUUACAACGAUGUAUGACAGUAGAACACGUGACAUUGAAAGUUCUGUUGUUGCAAGGGGGGACUUAUGGCGAGCAGAGGCAUCUCAUGGGGGAUCUACCUCAGGGAAUGACAAUUCACCAGUCUUCCUAAUUCAGCUUGGGCCAGUUCUUUUUGUUCGGGAUACGACACUGCUUCUGCCAGUCCAUUUAUCAAAGCAGCACUUGCUUUGGUAUGGCUUUGAUAGGAAGAAUGGGAUGCACUCUCUGUGCCCAGCCAUAUGGUCAAAACACAGAAGGUGGCUAUUGAUGUCAAUGAUAUGUCUCAACCCCUUGGCUUGCUCCUUUAUGGAUGUGCAGUUCCCAAAUGGGCAGCUUACAUAUGUAUCUGGAGAAGGCUUGACUACCAGUGCUUUCCUACCCGUUCUUGGGGGCCUCUUGCAAGCUCAGGGUCGUUAUCCAGGAGAAACAAGAUUAAGCUUCUCUUUCAAGAACAAAUUGGGAACGCGUAUCACUCCAAUGGUUCAAGUACCAGAUAAAUCAGUUUCACUUGGAAUUGUGCAAGCAUUAGCAUGGCAAAAAUCAGGUCUGAUGGUUCGGCCAACCAUUCAAGUCAGUGUUUGCCCCACUUUUGGUGGUAGCAAUCCUGGAUUACGGGCUGAAAUAAUUCAUUCUGUGAGGGAGAAACUGAGUCUCAUUUGUGGCUUUGCUCGAACAAUGAAUCCUUCAGCAUUUGCAUCCGUCGCUGUUGGCAGGUCCAAGUGGAACGGGCACAUUGGGAACUCGGGAAUAGUUAUUAGAGUUGAAGCUCCAAUCAAUAAUGUCAGUAGGCCUUCAUUUUCUAUUCAGUUGAAUACCGGAGUGGAGUUCUGAUUUUUUUUACCUCUACUUUCCCCCCUUCCCCUUCAUUUUGAUGGAUGGGUGGAGUUUUGAUCUUUCGCAUCUUCUUGUAUAGUGUAUAUACUGUCAACAGUGAUACUCAAAAUGUAAAUGAAAUUGUGAUAUUAUAUGUAGAAGUCUGAUCAUCACGAUUCUCUUUCUUUUUAUUUUUCGCCUUGGCAUAUUGAAAUUGUAAGAUUUGAGGUGAAUUGAGAGUGACGCAACAGGCCAGGAUCACGCUUGA